AUCCCUUACCCCUUACCCCUUGAAACAGAGUGCCAAGUGGUAGGGCUGAAAGUCAACCCCUCCGAAUUGGGACACCCCUUCGACAAUCGCGUAUGUCAUCAGUAGUCGCCGCUGCCUCUUACGUACGCAGAUGCGACAAGUGUUUACCGGAAGUCUCGGAGAAUCAUGCCGUCUGCCGCUGUGGUGAUCUCUGUUGCGUGGGCUAUUGGGAUCUUUUUACGGUUGUCUGCUGCUAGUCGGAGGAAUGAAAGAAAAGGGAGACGCCUUCGACGCCUGGGAAUGCUGGUGGAUCGUUUUAUGACUGGUCACCCUACAACAUACUGCAAACUGAACCACAACGUGCCCGUCCUGCGGUUGUGGUUUAAUGUGGAGGCAGAGUUGAAGCAGGACUUUCGCCUCAGCAGAAGAGCAAUGAACAGUCUGCAGAGGCUACUGCAGAGUGAGCAGGACCAUGGCUGGGGAAGUCAGCUAGAAGUGCUCAUCUAUGUUUUCUGGCUGGCUCAUGGACUGUCUUAUCGCGUUGUAUCUCGUGUUUUUAAUGUGCCCAAAUCCACAGUCCACCGCAUCAUCCACAAAAUAGCAAAUGAUAUAUGGAUCAACCUGAAGCGUGUCAUCUCUUUCCCCCAGAUAGGACAGCUUCAUGCAGUUGGACAAGGAUUUGCCCACCUAUCAGGGACCCCUGCAUUCAACAAUGUUGUGGGUGCAAUAGAUGGAAGCCAUAUUAGGAUAAAACCACCAGCACGGUACCGAAUAGAUUAUUUAAAUUACAAGGGAUUCUAUUCAGUAAACAUGCAGGCAAUAUGUGAUUCCAGUGGAAGAUUCCUAGACAUCUUUGUUGGUUACCCCGGGUCAGUUCAUGACACGCGUGUAAUGAAGAACAGCAGCUUUUACAGAGCAAGACGUUACCCUCCCACAGGCUACAUUCUUCUAGGAGAUGGUGGCUAUCCGUGUUUGGACACACCAGUCUGCCUGAUGACACCGUACAAGGAGCCAGUUAAUGGACCAAUACAGGGGAGCUUCAAUUAUCAUCAUUCCAAAGGCCGCAGCAUAAUCGAAAGGGCUUUUGGAAUGAUGAAGACCAGGUGGAGGUGUACACUUUUCAAAGCCUUGGAGGUAAAACCAACAUUUGCACCUCAGGUUAUUGCAUCCUGUGCCUUUCUGCACAAUGUGUGUCUGGACAAUGGGGAUGUGCUGGAGCCAGAUGAAGAUGCCGCACAGGAUAUGCUAGACCCCCAACCUCCUCGGGACCCCCUGGCAGCUAAUGAGAGGUCUGGCAAUGCAACAAGAGACCACCUGGCUGCUCUGAUCUCAGGCAAUGUGCAGGCCCCAUGAAGAUGCUGACUGAUCCAGAAAUGGGACAAUGUAUAUAGUUUUUUGUUAUGCUACCUCAGGGAUGUGUGUUUGAGUAUCUGACAAAUCCAGAAAUGGACAAUGUAUAUAGUUUUUUGUAAUCUUACCUCAGGGAUGUGUCAAGUUUUUUUCUUUUUUUUUUCAAAUAAAUCUGACUGAUCCAGAAAUGGACAAUG